AUGGCUGAAGAUAUUCCGUUUCUUCGGAUUGACAACGAGCGAGAACUCCCUCGGUGGCUGAGAUGGAUCACGGUACGCUGAAAGUUCAUUCUUGAUCAUUUCAAUGUUUUUUUUCUCAAUUCCUUUUCAGAAAUUGAAAAUGUUUUGUAUAAGGCUAUUGAGUAAUUUUUUGGACAUCUUCGUUUCCAUCUUUUUCAUAGCUGUUAUAUCGAAGAACUUUUAUUUGAAUUUAAAAUCGUUUUCAGGAAAUGGACUGUCUCCAAUGUCUGGGUCCUCGGAACUCGGGAAGACGACCGGUGACGCCGGUGAACGUGGGACUCGAAACUUACGAAUUUACCUCAUGCGAUGGGCAAACAAUUCAAGUUUUUCCCAAUGAAUUUCGAUGAAAAUUCGUAGUUUUCAGUUUCCGGAACCAAUUGUCGACAGGAUCACUCUUUUGCACCGGAUGAGGGAGGUAAAGUCUUUCAUGUUUUGUUUAUUUUCAAGAUUUUCGCUUUUCCAGGACAUGGGAAACAUUGCUGGCGUUGCUACUAUCGCUGCUGCGACGGGCGCCAAUAUGCAAUUUGUGAGUGAUUUUGAUGAGUUCAGCGGCGCGAAAAAAUCUGAAAAUGUGCUGCGUGGGUUUUGUUAUUUUAAUGAACAUAAUUAUCAGCCUUCCACCCACGUUUCCUACUUUUUGAAGCGUAAAUUUUGAGAAAACAUGAAUCAGAAGGCGAUAAUUAAAAUGCGGAUGAGGAACCUUGUUUGAUUAGAAAGAAGGAAGUGAAUCACACGGCGACACCAAAUCGACGCCACAACCACCGCAGAGGCGGAAAUUAAAAUGUGUUGUACGCAGUGCACGCGUUACAUCAGAAGCGACGCGCAAUAAGCGAAAUCGAAUUUUUAUUAUGACUAAAACCAAUUUUAUGGCUGUUAGUUUUAUCAUUCGGGAAAAAAUGUUCUUUUUGAACCAGAAAAAUUGUUAAGAUACAAAGCCGUCUUUUCUAGCAUUUUUAAUGUCGCAGAAGCUUCAAAAAUACAUCUGCUAUGACGCAAAAAAGCUUCAAUUUUAUUGCUUUCGGAACAAAUAUUUUAUUUUACCACAUAAAAGUACAGAAAAAAAAAGAAAAGUAUGACUGAUAACCUCAACAAGGUAUUUUACUUACUUUGAACUUCAAAAAUCUACAAAAAUUCGUCCAAAUUUUCCUAGCAGAAUAAGACUCAUCAUAGUUUCCACCUGAGUAAACAUUUAUUUUUUAAGUUACGAGUUUUAAAAGUUCGCCUUAAGACCUCCAUUCACUGAGAAAAUUUUUAGUGGUCAUUUUAGUGGACACUAUAGUAGUCAAAUUAGUGGUCUCUUUAGGAGUCCAAGUGGUACUACUAGAUUGCUGAAAACUACUGUAGUUGCCAUCAAGACGCAAACUAGUGGCUUCUAUAGAGGUUUUAGUGGCCACUAAAGUGUCCUCUCCAAGUUGUUCUUGAGGGACCUCUUAAGUGGCCAAUCAAUUUUUUCUUUUCUCUCUACCUGUACAAAUUUUCAUUUUCGAAAAAAGGCGCCUCAAACUCAAAAAAACCUCUCAAAAUCGGUUAAAAUAGAACUGAGACAAUAUUCUCUCAACAAAAAAUAAUCUUGAGAUGAUCGACUACCUGAUGCAGCACAAAGACGAGCCAAAUAUAGAAGCCUCCGAUAUGGAAGCUCGACGGGCACGAGAGCUGAAACCGGAAGAUUGGGUCCUCCUCGACGUGAGCAUCGCCAAACUGCUCGAAUACAUGGCCCUCGCCAACUACUUCCAAUGCGACUUUUUCCUCGAUUGCUGCGCCAAAAUGCUCGCUGAGAGGUUGAAGGUCCGUGUUAGAGUCCGAAAAGUGGACCUUUUAGGGACCAUUAUCGACCACUUCAUUUAAGCCCAUUUUUGAAAAAAAGACUAACAAAAACGAUAAAAUUGAGAUUUAGGGUUUUGACGUUUUAGGGGCCACUAAGGUAGGUAGUCGAAUCAGUGACUACUUAAGUGACUCGGUCUCCUUAGAAGUCAAAGUUGUACCAAACUGCUACAGUGGCCACUUUAGUGUCUUCUCCAAGUUCUUGAGGGAACACUGAAGUGGCCACUAAAAUUUUUCCCAGAAUUUUUCCCAGAUUUAAUGAAUUUCGAAACGUCUCAAACAAUAUUCUUUUGGUCGAAUAUGCUUGUUUUUCAAGAAAAAAAAAACUCGGACGAACUACACUGAAAACGGCUCUUCGCCGAGAGACCUUUAUGUAACUUAUAUAUGCGCUUUUGAGAACCAAGCAAGAAUUUUCUGCCAGUCCUCGGAAAUUUUUUUCUGGAUUUUUUCAAAGAUUUAUAAAACGAUUCAGGACAAAUCUGCGAUGGAAAUCCGUCAGAUAUUCGGCCUUCAAAAUGAUCUCGAAGACGAGGAAGUCAGAGAAGUUCGACUGAAGAGCGAUUGGUGUCUCCGGUUACUUUUUUUAUUUUAUUUUUAAUUUGAAAGAAAAUGACUCGAGAAACGUUAAAAAUUAGAUUUUUUUCGUGAGUUUUUUUGAAGUUUUUUUGCGUCAUAAUUAUAGACACAUCUUUCAAACUUACAAUAACCUCCCGUAAUUUUUUUGAAACUUACUGUCUUCUUUUUUUGAAAUUUAGAGGUUUGAACCCUUUUUAUAAAGAUUGUUUCAACUCAUUUUUUAGAAACUACAGACAGUUGUAAAGUACGAACACUUUGAAUUUUCAGACCCAUUUUUUUAACCUUUCUUUAGAGUUUAAAGAUAGUUUCAAGUCCUUUUUCUUGGACUUUUUUAAAACUCGAACACUUAUUACUUCUUUCCAUAAUACAAAGACGCUUGUAAAGUACGAACACUUUCACUUUUCAGACCCACCGACCAUUAUGACGCGUCUGCAUGA